GACACCGGCGCCACUCACCACAUCGCCUCAGACCCAGGAUAUGCUGACGGGAACUUUGAUUCAUCGGUCCAAUAAUGCCGGCCCUCUCUACCCCAUGAGCCAGUCCACCGCCCAAGCCCAAGCCCAAGUCAACGUUGUCAAUGGAAACCCAUCAAGCCUUCUAAGCCGAUUUCCCCUUUCUCUCGCCCCAAUUCUUACGAACCGAUGAAGGAAGUGGUGCCAUGCGGUACUCGCUCCCGUUCAAUUUUUUAUAUUUUACGGAGUAUUGUUUGUUCCCCUUUCAGCCCGCCGAGAUUUCUCUAUAUAAGCUAGAACCAUCUAAACCCUCAAAUCUAAAUCGAAACUUUCUUCCCAAGUUAACCCGAUGUCGAACCAUAGGAUGUACUCGCCUACUCAAUUUCAACGAUCGAGUGCCGUCCGUUACCACAACGCCGGAAAUCCAAGACGCGCUGGCGAAGCAGGCGCAAAUCGCGGUCGGGGCCGCGCGUCUGGCACAAAUCCCGGUCGCGGAGGCGCGGCCGAAGCAAACAGAGGAGGAGGAGCAAACCGCGCACGUGGAGGCGGCGGAAACAGAGCAAGCGGAGGACGCGGCCGCGCAGGGAAUCGCGGCCGCGGCGGCGGCGCCGGGAAUCGGGGCGGCGGCCGCGCCGGCCAUGCUAAUCCUGAGGUCAGUUGAUUGUAACUUUAAUUUCUGAGGUCAGUGUUUGUGGUUGUGAGAUAUUCUUAUCUUCCUUUUUCAGCCGGUUAUGCUCCACAAUCCAGAUAUUGCUAUUGAGGAUCAGGUUGAAUCAAAUUCAUUACAUAAAAAAAGUUAAACCUUAUUUAUUCCGCAUGUGUUUGUGUUGAGUUACUGCAAUUUUGUUUCCUUCUUCAUUUCAGCUUAUUCACCUGCAUGUUCAUGAGGGCAUAGACAUUCCACAUCCUCCUCCUCACCAGGUUGAAUGUGUUUCUCAAGUAAUUGCAAUUUUACCUCUUUCUAAUGUUGAUUGUGAGAUAUAUUAUUACUUCCUUAUUUUCCUUUUAUCUGUCUAAAUUCGAUCAGCCUAUCGGGCUCAUUCCUGCUGCCAAUUUCAAUCUGCCUAUUGUUCCUGUUGUUGACCUGCAGCCUAUUGCUCACAUUAAUGCUGCUGAAAUCAAUAUGCUGCCUCCUCCUGAAAUUGAUGCUGUUGAUGACCAGCAGGUUGAGGUUGUAAUUACAAAUAAAAAGUUUACCUCUUUCUAAUGUUGAUUGUGAGAUAUAUUAUUACUUCCUUAUUUUCCUUUUAUCUGUCUAAAUUCGAUCAGCCUAUCGGGCUCAUUCCUCAUUCCUGCUGCCAAUUUCAAUCUGCCUAUUGUUCCUGUUGUUGACCUGCAGGUUGAGCAUUGUACAAAUAAAAAUUUACUGCAAUU